AUGAAUCGACUUUCAAUUGAGAGCAAGGUUUUUAUUUUAUUUUCAUUUGUUUUGUUCAGCAAUGGAUGGCAAUUCUCUGGCACGCUGGUACUAUGUGGAAAGUCAUUGGCUGAAAAUGAAGUUGCUAAGUCAUUGAAGGCUAAUAACAUUCUUAAACUCCCUGAUAAUAGUGAAGUUUCAAUAAUUUUGCAAUCAGAAAUUGGUAAACCUGUUGAAGAAGAGUCUUUCAAUGUUGAACUGUACAUGAAUUCUCUUUCCACCAAUCAAUUUGGUCAAUUCCUGAUUUGGUCUCCGCAGUUGUCUUCUACGCACGACGUUGUUUCUCACAACUUCUGUGAGCUUCCAGUUGGUUCGGUUUGUGUUGCUGAUGUUCAGUUUAAAGGGCGAGGUCGAUCAAAGAAUGCAUGGGAGUCUCCUAAGGGUUGCCUUAUGUUUUCUUUUACUAUACAAAUGGAGGAUGGAAGAAUUGUGCCUUUGUUACAGUAUGUGGUGUCUCUUGCUCUCACAGAGGCUAUAAAAGAUAUUUGUGACAGACAUGGAUUACCAUACAUUGACGUUAAAAUAAAAUGGCCAAAUGAUCUAUAUUUAAAUGGCCUAAAAGUUGGAGGCAUAUUGUGCACUUCAACAUAUAAAUUGAAGAAGUUCAAUGUCAGUGCUGGUAUAGGUUUAAAUGUAAGUAAUGAAGAGCCAACAACAUGCUUGAAUGAAGUUCUCAGAAAGUUGUCCAAUUCUGCUUACCAGUACACGAGAGAAGAUAUCCUUUCAGCUUUUUUUAAUAAAUUUGAGACCUUUUAUGAUCUUUUCAUAAAACAAGGAUUUCAAACUCUUGAGGAGCUAUAUUAUAAGACUUGGCUACACAGUGGGCAGAGAGUUAUUGUACAGGAUAAGAAUGAGGACCAAGUAGUCGAGAGUGUUGUGACUAUUCAGGGAUUGACAUCAUCUGGAUAUUUGUUAGCAAUUGGUGACGACAAUCAAAUGUGUGAGCUUCAUCCUGAUGGCAAUAGUUUUGACUUCUUCAAAGGACUUAUCAGAAGAAAACUUCAAUGAAGGAGAUUUCAGAGUACCCUUCCACUGGAGGAAACUGUCACGCUGCAUCAUGUGCAGAACUGAAGAUUUUUUGUUGUUUUUAUGUUUGUCUCAUUGUCCCAAUACUUAUUCUAUUUCCAUUAGUUCAGAUUUAAUAAAUGAGACUCUUGUACAA